GUCAUCGGUCUAUGAUCGGCGGAUCGCGCGCUGCUCUCGGAUGAAACAGUGUUGCGCGCGUUCGUGAGAGUCCGACUGAAGAUGACGCGUGAACGCGGAGCUGCGGCCAAAGCCAAACUCACUCAUCCUGGAAAAGCCAUCCUGGCAGGUGGAAUCGCAGGCGGCAUUGAAAUCUGCAUCACGUUUCCUACAGAGUAUGUGAAGACUCAACUACAGCUAGAUGAGAGAGCCAAUCCACCACGAUACAGAGGAAUCACGGACUGUGUGUCUCAGACGGUCCGUCAUCACGGAGUGAAGGGUUUAUAUCGAGGCCUCAGCUCGCUGCUGUACGGAUCCAUCCCUAAAUCUGCCGUCAGGUUCGGUGUGUUUGAGAUACUCAGUAACCAGAUGAGAGACGACGCUGGGAAGCUGGACAGCACUCGAGGGUUAAUCUGUGGUUUGGGAGCCGGCGUGAUGGAGGCCGUGCUGGUCGUCUGUCCCAUGGAGACCAUAAAGGUCAAAUUCAUCCAUGAUCAAACCUCAGCUAAUCCCAAAUACAGAGGCUUUUUCCACGGAGUGCGCGAGAUCGUCAGAACUCAAGGAAUCAGAGGGACGUAUCAAGGCCUCACAGCCACGGUCCUCAAGCAGGGAUCCAAUCAGGCGAUCCGGUUCUUCGUCAUGACCUCUCUGAGGAACUGGUACAAGGGUGAAGAUCCCAACAAACCCAUCAACCCCAUCAUCACAGGAGCGUUCGGAGCGAUGGCUGGAGCGGCCAGUGUGUUCGGAAACACUCCGCUGGACGUCAUCAAGACCAGGAUGCAGGGUUUGGAAGCUCAUAAAUAUAAAAACACCAUUGAUUGUGCCAUGAAGAUCAUGCGACAUGAAGGACCAGCGGCGUUUUAUAAGGGCACGGUCCCACGGCUCGGCCGAGUGUGUUUGGACGUGGCCAUCGUCUUCAUCAUCUACGAGGAGGUUGUGAAGGCCCUAAACAAAGUCUGGAAGACGGAGUGAACGAAUGAAGAGAAGAGAAGAGAAGAGAAGAGAAGAGAAGAGACACUGUGAUCGAGCUGUUUGAUUUCAUCCCAUUAGUUCUGCUUUUAAACAUGCACAUAAUAUACAAAAUAUAUAUUUUAAUAUCAUAGAACCGCUCUGAAAUACUUUUAAACUGUAUUCAUAUUAACAUAAGAUAUUGUAAGUGCCAAAUUUAACAGAUUUUGUUUAUUGAUAAAAAUAUUUAAUAAAGAGCAAACAAACACAAACACACAUGAACGCCGUGAGCCAGAGAAGUCAUUUAGAGAAAAGUGUGACAUAAACAUGUUUUAACCAGAGAAAAUCUUUAAAAACAAUUGGGAAUAUUUACAUAAUGGGCAUAUAUGAAUAUUUAUUGAUAUAUUUACAUAAAAAGAGAAAUUCCAUAAUACUGUAUGAAAUUUUUUUUUUUUUUCUGACGUUUC